AUGAAUGUCUCUGAUCAAUUUCCAUCCCUUUCCGAGUUCCGCCGCGCAGAGGCCGGGAGGGACAUCGUCGUCUACAAGGGCAAGGAUUCGCAGCAAGGUGGUCCCAUAGAUGCGGGAGGCCCAGGCGGAAUCGGCGAGACCGGCGGGAAGGACGGGAAAAAAGGACCUCCUGACGCGGGCCCGUGCCCGCUGCCCAAGCCCGACGACGCUCAGGCGCUCGGGAAUCUGACCGCAAUUCUUGCCGCGCGGCUGAACGGGUCCGAAAUUCUUUAUUCGUCGGGCGACGUCAACGGCACCGGUCGAAUCUGCCUCGCCGUUUUCCAGCUGGACGGCGACUACAACGUCUUCUACAGUGUCGUCGUUUCCAGCUCCGACGCCCGCGAGCCGUUCGCCGCUUCGAUCUAUCAAGGCGCGCCGGGAGAGGAGGGAACCCUCGUCGCCCGUUUCAUCGAGGGAGGAAACAGCGCCACGUGGGCGAAUCUUACUCGUCCGCCGCCUCCCCCGCCCAAGGGCAAAAAGAACAAGGGCACACCUCCCGCAUCGCCCCUUCCGAAGUACACUUAUGCCACAAACGGGACGUGGCUUAACGCAAGUACACUGACUGCGUACGACGGGAAGACAAUAAAGGAGCUGGUGGAUGCGAUUAUAGCGAAGCCCGAUGGGUACUACGCGAAAUUCUCGACGCCUUCGUAUGAGUCGGGUGCGGCGAGGGGGCAGUUUAACUCGGACCCGCUUCCGCCGCCGCCUAUGGAGGACGGAAAGAAUGGAGGGCAGCAAGGCGGCCCGAUAGUCGCUGGCGGCCCAGGCGGAGUGGGCGAGACCGGCGGGAAGGACGGGAAUAAGGGACCCGGAGUGGGCGAGACCGGCGGGAAGGACGGGAAAAAGGGACCGGGAGUGGGCGAGACCGGCGGGAAGGACGGGAAGAAGGGACCCCCUGAUGCGGGCCCGUGCCCGUUGCCUAAGCCCGACGACGCUCAGGCGCUCGGGAAUCUGACCGCGAUUCUCGCCGCGCGGCUGAACGGGUCCGAAAUUCUUUAUUCGUCGGGCGACGUCAACGGCACUGGUCGAGUUUGCCUCGCCGUCUUCCAGCUGGACAGCGACUACAACGUCUUCUACAGUGUCAUCGUUUCCUCCUCCGACGCCCGCGAGCCGUUCGCCGCUUCGAUCUAUCAAGGCGCGGCGGGAGAGGAGGGAAUCUCCGUCGCCCGUUUCAUCGAGGGAGGAAACAGCGCCACGUGGACGAAUCUUACUCGUCCGCCGCCUCCCCUGCACAAGGGCAAGAAGAAUAAGGGCACACCGCCCGCCCUGCCUCCUCCGAAGUACAUUUAUGCCACAAACGGGACGUGGCUUAAAGCGAGUACACUGACUGCAUAUGACGGGCAGACAAUAAAGGAGCUGGUGGAUGCGAUUAUAGCGAAGCCCGAUGGGUACUACGCGAAAUUCUCGACGCCUUCUUAUGAGUCGGGUGCGGCGAGGGGCCAGUUUCAGUCGGAGCCGCUUCCGCUUCCGCCGCCGCCGAAGGAGGACGGAAAGAACGGAGGGAAGAAUGGCGGGGGCAGAAAUGGAGGCGAUAAGGGGGGGGCGGCCGGCACUCUUGUCGGGGUGGUGGGAGCAUAUCUUAACGGCUCAAAUGCUGACCUCACUGCUGACGUCAACGCCACAGGCCUCAUUUCCCUCGCCGUCUUCCUAUUGCCUCUUGUCCCCUCCUUACCCACCUGCCCCAUGGCCAAUCACCCACCCCUCACUGCCCCUCCUUGCCACUGCUUGCCCCUCCUUGCCACCCUCUCCCCAUAG